GUAAGAUUGGAUGAAUGGAUGUUUUUAUUCUUUUACAUGAAAAUUACCGAAUGAGUUUGAAUAAAAUUUGGUACACGGGUAAGUUAUAUCCUAACUUAGCACAUACGAAUAGAAUACUUAAUGUACUUAUUGAAUGACACGGGCGAAACUGUAGUAUAUAGCUAUUAUCAAUAGAACAUAAAUAAUCCUUACGUUUGAUAGAAUAAAGAGAUUUUACUUGCCAAAAAGAAAUAAUGAGUAUAAGAACGAACUAUAGUUGCAUUAUUACCUUGCAUUAUUAUUUAAAAGUUAAGAAUGAUGAAGACAAUUAUUUUUGGUAUUUUGAGUAGGUAUAUAAGAGCUCGCGGGAGAAAUUUCCUGCAGUUGACGAUACGCGUGCAAGCCAGUUCCGAAUUGUUCUGGCGUCAUCUGCCAAUUAAUUCUGGCGAAGAGUGGCGAAAAAGUUUUUUAUAUUAUAUAAUUUUUUUGUACCAUUAUUGUGGAUUGGACACACAGAUUAGGCACUUUGUGAUCAGAGAUAUUGGAUUAUAUAGUAAUUUAUUUGAGUUUGUGAUACAGCUGCAAUUUUUUCACAUCCUGCUAUAAUAAACGAAUAGAACCAUGGAUCCAGCUGUUGCGAUAGAGCAAGCAGCACUGAAAAAACAUAAGGCAAUGAACGAAGCUCUGGAGCGGGGAGAUUCUGAGAUACAACAGUUUUACGAAGGGUGCGUAGUGCUCGUCACAGGUGGCUCCGGAUUUCUGGGGAAGCAUCUUAUAGAGAAAUUACUCAGAUCGUGUGACAUUAAAAAAAUUUAUUUAUUGAUGCGAGCAAAAAGGAAUAAAUCUGUAAAUUCACGUCUACAUGAGAUUCUGCAGGAUCCGGUAUUUGAUAAUCUUCGACAGAAAAGAUCGAAUUUCGAAAACCCUUUAGUACCUUUAAUUGGAGACGUAAAUACACUUGGCCUUGGACUUGAUAAUGACGAUAGAAGAAAAAUUACAAAGGAAGUAGAAAUUAUAUUUCACGCAGCUGCCACAACAAGAUUUGAUGAAACAUUGAGAAAUGCAACAAUUACUAAUGUAAGGGGAACAAGAGAGAUUCUGGCUCUCGCUAAAAAUUGUAAGAAACUCAGAUCCUUCGUCUACAUAUCCACUGCAUACGGUUUUGCAACAAAGGACAACGUAAAAACUUGUAUUUUAGAGCAGUUCUACCCAAGCCCUAUAGAACCCGACACGUUGAUAAAUAUUGCUGAAAAUUUCAAUAACAAAGCAUUAGAAGAUGUGGCCUUAAGACUAACAAAGCAGUGGCCAAAUACUUAUACAUUUACAAAAAUCGUAACUGAAGAACUGAUUCGGCUCACCAAAGAGGACUUACCAAUCUGCAUUGUUAGGCCAACAAUUGUGAUAGGGUCAUACAGCGAACCCUCACCGGGAUGGUUGGACAAGAGUAACGUAUUUGGAGCUAGUGGGAUUCUUCUUGGUCUUGGGUUAGGCAUCAUCCACGUGGUCUUAGCUGAUCGUGAUAUCAAGAUUGACUUGAUACCAGUAGAUAUGGUAACAAAUUCUAUUAUUGCUGCUGGAUGGAAGACGUCUACAAGAUGGUUAUCAGGUUGUAAAGAUACAAAGAUAUACACCGUCAGUAAUUCCAGAAAUCCUUGCCUUUGGGGUAUUUUAAAUUCCUACAUGAAAACCGAUCUUAGAAGUAUAAUUUCACCAAGAGCGGUCUGGUAUUGCACGGCAAUUGAAACGAAGUAUCUUCAAGUGGCAUACCUACUCACUUGGCUGUUUCAUUUUAUACCAGCAUACUUUGUAGAUGGAGUACUUUCUAUAAUCGGCAAAGAACCAAUAUUAAACAAAGUGUACAAUAAAGCAUGGAAAAUCACUUCAGUUUUAUCCCAUUUCACCACAAACGAGUGGAUUUUCACCGAUAAAAACACCAUGGAGUUGUAUCAAAGUUUAUGUAAAACUGAUCAAGACAUUUUCGCUUUUGACUCUAAAGUUAUUAAUUGGAAAGAGAUGCUGUUAAUAUGGGGUGUAGGAUUAAGAAAAUAUAUCUUAAGAGACGGCCUUAAAGAUACAAAUGCCAGUAUGAAAAAGCAAUUUUGGUUAAAAAUGCUUAAUUAUAUUGUACUAGCAGUUUACAUAUUUAUUUGGUGGUAUAUUUUUGUAUUUGUAUACUGGAUUUUAAAAUUUGAUUUUAAUUAGAACUUAUAUUUUUAAUUCGAUGUUAUUGGGACCUGAUAUAAAU